AUGGUGCUCAGCCUGGCCAUGGACUCCAGAGAAGAUGGGGACAGCUGGAUGGAGGAACAGUGGGAGAAAUGGUUAACCCAUGAUAUCAGUCUGAAUGAAUACGAGGAUGACGACCUGUCAGAAGUGACAGAAAUCACGGAUGAGAACGGAAUCACUCUCAGCCAGCUCGACCUCAAUCCUAAAGGUGCAUAUUUGUUACUUAAAAGUUCAUAUGAGGACCCUCGUGGAGGACAUUUCUGUGUGGACUACCGGAUUGGUGGUGGAGAAAAAAGUGGCAUAAUUGUCGACUCCAUCGAUUUCCCCCCCAAGAAGGGUCCAGUGGCACCCCGCCCUGCCCCGCAGAUGGUGCUCAGCCUGGCCAUGGACUCCAGAGAAGAUGGGGACAGCUGGAUGGAGGAACAGUGGGAGAAAUGGUUAACCCAUGAUAUCAGUCUGAAUGAAUACGAGGAUGACGACCUGUCAGAAGUGACAGAAAUCACGGAUGAGAACGGAAUCACUCUCAGCCAGCUCGACCUCAAUCCUAAAGAUCACAUGACUCAGCCGACCAAUGGCACGCCGAGGAGCGGCCGGAGGAGGAGGGUGGUGGAGCUGCAGACGGAGAUGCUCCACUUGGACCUGAUUGAUGCAGAAGAGGAGGAAGAAGAGAACGAGAGGCGGCCAGUUGAUGCCGUCGAUGACAACCACAAGGAAGAGCAGGGCGCAGGGCCGCCUGUCACUCAGCCUCAGCUAAAGGAUUUAAUCCCUGCCGUCGCCAUGGAUACAUACCGGCCCAAGAGACCCACCACCCUGAAUCUUUUCCCCCAAGUGCCAAGGACUCAGCUUCCCGUGGCUGAUGUAACCCCCCUGAGGACCCUCGUGGAGGACAUUUCUGUGUGGACUACCGGAUUGGUGGUGGAGAAAAAAAGUGGCAUAAUUGUCGACUCCAUCGAUUUCCCCCCCAAGAAGGGUCCAGUGGCACCCCGCCCUGCCCCGCAGAUGGUGCUCAGCCUGGCCAUGGACUCCAGAGAAGAUGGGGACAGCUGGAUGGAGGAACAGUGGGAGAAAUGGUUAACCCAUGAUAUCAGUCUGAAUGAAUACGAGGAUGACGACCUGUCAGAAGUGACAGAAAUCACGGAUGAGAACGGAAUCACUCUCAGCCAGCUCGACCUCAAUCCUAAAGGAGUAAUACGCCUAGUUUACAGCAUUGCAGUAGUCGACGUGAAGUUAUCAGAUGAGUUAACCCAUGAUAUCAGUCUGAAUGAAUACGAGGAUGACGACCUGUCAGAAGUGACAGAAAUCACGGAUGAGAACGGAAUCACUCUCAGCCAGCUCGACCUCAAUCCUAAAGAUCACAUGACUCAGCCGACCAAUGGCACGCCGAGGAGCGGCCGGAGGAGGAGGGUGGUGGAGCUGCAGACGGAGAUGCUCCACUUGGACCUGAUUGAUGCAGAAGAGGAGGAAGAAGAGAACGAGAGGCGGCCAGUUGAUGCCGUCGAUGACAACCACAAGGAAGAGCAGGGCGCAGGGCCGCCUGUCACUCAGCCUCAGCUAACGGAUUUCAUCCCUGCCGUUGCCAUGGAUACAUACCGGCCCAAGAGACCCACCACCCUGAAUCUUUUCCCCCAAGUGCCAAGGACUCAGGACACAAUAAAUAACAAUUCCUUUAGUGAGAAAGAACGGAGGAAAGAAAAGAAAACCCAUUCUUCAUCACCACACAUUAAGGGAGAUCCGGUGGCCAAACCUGAGCAGGUUAGCCUGACCGAUGGGGACAAAGUUCAGGCCAGGGUGGACACCAAACCAAGGGGCCCUGCCUCCUCCACGAACAAAGCCUCCACCUUUCACACCAAGAAGAAGGACAAGUUUUCUGAGUCUUUGAACAACCCCAAUGUGGUGGUGCCCCUCACGCAGACGGUCAUGAGGGAAAAAUCCACGGAAGUGACCCUGAUAGAGGGUGUCCUUGACAUGCCGACCAUUUGCAAGCAAAAAGCCCAGUCUCACACCGCCAGCAGCUAUCGGGAACAAGUGCAGUAUCCUGCGGAGAAUGAAGGUACAUGUGACCAGUUGGUCGACAAAAACAAGGACUUUCACAUUUCGGAAGGAAAUGCAACAGAGGAGAUCCACCUCACGCCAGUCAACGGUGAACAAGAGCGACCAUUUCUGUCCCAGAGCAGCGACAGCAACCGCAUGUCCAUUAGUUCGGACACGGAGCUUCCUCCCCUUCACUACUACCCAUCGGCGGGUUGUCCGAACCCCUCCAUUAGCGAGGAGGAUGAGGUGUACCCACCCACGCCCCCAUGCCGGACUGUCAGCCUCAGUGACGCGGGGGACGCAAGUAAGUGGGCUGAAACCCACAAGCCUAAAGUGGCGAAGGAGGACACAGGGAACUUAAAGGCGGUGGCGGUCAGCACGGAUGCUUCAGGACUGACGUAUGACUCCGUUAAGUACACCCUGGUGGUGGAUGAGCAUGCUAAGCUCGAGCUAGUGAGUAUUAAGGACUGCUACAAAGGAUACGAAAGUGACAGUGACAAUACUGUCUACGAGUCUGCUAUUGACGAGGACGAGGAGGAUCAGGAAGUGGAUGAAGAGGAGGAAGAGUCGGGAGGGAGGGGCAUGAGGAGAGACACUUCCUGUUUGUCUGCAGACUCCACCACAGACACCACCUCAGACAUGCCCCGUUCCCGCAAGUUCAUGAACAUCUUUGUGAAUGGACUGUCACGUUUCUCUGGUGCUGAGUUUGGAUUCUUCUCCUGUGUUAUUAAUGGAGAGGAAAGAGAACAGAGCCACAGAGCAGUGUUCAGGUUUAUUCCUCGCCAUGAUGAUGAGUUGGAGAUGGAGGCGGAUGACCCCUUAUUGGUUGAGGUGCAGGCCGAGGAUCUUUGGUGCGAGGCCUACAACAUGCGCACUGGAUCCAGAGGCAUCUUCCCUGCAUUUUAUGCCGUCAAGGUGACAAAGGAUGAGCUUGUUAAAGAGGUCAAAAGUGACUGGAUGGACAAAUUCUGGGUAAAAUUCCUUGGUUCUGUUCAAGUACCGUAUCACAAAGGGAAUGAUGUGCUUUGUGCCGCCAUGCACAAGAUAGCAUCAAACAGACGAACAACAAUGCAGUUCAGCCCCCCUUCACCUUGCAUUCUGGAAAUCAACACAAGAGGAUUGAAAAUCAUUGUUCAAGAUGACUGUCGGACUUCUGGAAGGGGUGAGAAGUGCUUUCACUUUUUUCAGUUGAAAAACAUCUCCUUCUGUGGGUGCCAUCCGAAAAACAAGAAGUAUUUUGGAGUAAUAACGAAACAUCCAGCAUACCAGAGAUUUGCCUGUCAUGUGUUCUUCUCAGAUGAUACAACCACGAAACUGGCUGAAUCUAUAGGGAAAGCUUUUCAGCAGUUCUACAAAGAACAUAUGGAAUAUUCCUGUCCAACAGAAGACAUCUUCCUCGAAUGACCUUCAGUCUAUUCAUAUUUUUCCAUUAUCACAUACUAUAUGAGGUGUCGCAUGAUGGUGGUUUUGAGCCUCUUUGUAACAUGUUAUGUUGAUGAUAUAAUGUUGAUGUCUAUUUUAGACAAAUGUUAAAAUCGAAAACAGAUAUCAGCUACAGCGCAACUACUUUCACAUUGUACAACUCGAGUAUUACUGACUGGUGUAAAGCCUUACGAAGUUUAAUAACAAAAAAAAAAAAUUUGAUGUGACUUGUUAAAAUCAUUUGUGCGAAGUUUGGUUUUGAAUUCAUUCGAAGCACAAUGUUUGAUGGAUGAAACAACAUAAGACAGAAAGGAGAUCUUAAAACAACUGUAUGUACGUUUUUUUACCUUGAAAUAUCAGUUUCAAAAUCUUCCAGAUGGCUCACUUAAUCUGAGGCGAAUGGUUUCUGAUUCUUUCCCGCGCUCCUCCACAAACGCCUGGGAAUUUGGUAAGCAGGUACUAAAUACGCGAAAAGGGCGGAUUCCUUUACGGCAGCAACAAAUGCACGUGUACAGAUGUUGACUGUAAUUACGACAGCGAAUUUCACUCUUUUAACUGUAGGGGGCUCCAAAGUCGCAUAAAUACGCAUACAGUUGCUUUAAAGCUAGACUGGAUCCCAAAAUUAAAGUUUAUCUGAAACCAAAGCUUUCCUGGGCCAUGUCCUUCUUCACUCAAAAUGGAAGAACCAUGUAAUUGAAUGCAGCCCAGUCUGUCCAUCUAGUGUCCCACUAUGCGAAACCCCAGGUUAAAAAACACUUUCCAAUGUUUCUCACAUCGUUUUGAAAGCACCGCUUUGAACCCAAGGUUAUGAAACCGUGAUCCAGAGCAUUGCUGUGCCACAAUUUCAAGUGUUGUAUGUUAAAUAGGGUAAUUGCUGCUGUUUAUCUUCAGUCACUUGCGCACUACAGAAUCUCACAAAUACAAUAUGGCAUCCAUGCUCCGUGCUUUUUGUUUUUUGGUUCUCGUAUUUAAUGUUAAUGUGUGCUUAUAUUCCCAUGUGUUGCUCUGUUAAACAGAGCGUAGUCUGGGCUUAUUCGCAUUCUGCUUCAAUCUCAGUAUCCCUGACGUAUGUAGCUGUGAAAACCAAAUAAUUUUCUUUUUACAUAUUAUAUAAGAUAUCUUAUUUAUAAUUAUAUUGAAAUGGAAAGAUCAUAAAAUAUAUUAUUCUGGCAAUUGAAAAUAUAUACGGAGAGGACUUAUAUGGUGCUGAGGAAUAUGGCUGUCUGGUUAUGAAAAAUGUGUUCUUUCUCAAUUGUUUCCCCCUAGAUACAAAAAGAAAGGUUUUAAAGCCAAGGCCUAAAAUGGACCCAUCUUCACCAGUCCUUUCAAAAUGGCACAUCCUCACAGCAUGCGCAUACCUAAUAUGCAAUAUUCACUAAACAAGCAAAGUUUUCAUUGAAUAGAUCAACAGGCCAAAUGGUUUUCCGUAGAACAGUUUUGAAGAUGUUUUGCAUGGUAUGGCCAUUUUGAAAGGUGGUAUUCAGUUAAUAGGACCAUUUGUGUCUGCAAAAAAUAUCUGCGAACCAAUCCUGAAAAAUCACAAGUUGUGCCUAUUUCAUUUAUCACUGUACAUUGUUUUGUUUUGCUUUUUGAAUGAUCACAUGUCUUCUGUGGAACCCAUAAAGUUAAAUCCCAUUUGUAAAUGGAUUGUC